AUGUCGCACCGGCACGAGUGCAGACACCUCAAGCUCACCCAGCUCACCGCCUACGCCAGCUCGACCGCACCCGCAGCCGACACGGUCGUGCUCUUCCUCCCCACCCGCGCCGCAGAGGACGACGCCCACCUCGGCGUAGCCCCCGGUACGCGCCGCCUCGUGGUGACCUACCCGUCCAGCAUCGAGACCGUCCCCACGCCGACCGGCCUAACCGUCCCCUCUUCGGUGCGCGAGGUCGUCCUCCACUUCCCCGCCCAUGCUGGGGCGCAGGACAAGGCGCCCUCUUGGGCCACAAUCUUCCUGCGGGUGCUCUUCACGGGCAUGUGGCGUACCGGCAUGAGGCCCAAGGUCAUUGUCGUUGGGCCUCUCGAUGACGCUCUGGCCGACUUGCGCUACGAGGUGGAGCGCGGACUGGGUGUUCAGUUCAUAGCUGAAGUGGAGAUGGCUGCCGAGCUUGGCAUUCCGCCGACCAGCUUGCCUUCUGGGGGUGACCUCGAUGAGCUUCUCGGAGCUCUGGAGCUUGUCGGCCCUCUGGAUUAUCGUCAGAGGGUCGGUGACGAGCUGUUUCAGGCCGAGACCGUUCCGGUUUCGGGAGGGAGAUAG